AGGGGUUCUGGCAUCCUCCUCCUCCUGGGCACAGAUGGGUCACCUCGACCAACAUCAUUCAAGGGUCAGUGAGUCUGGGGCUUGGAGCAGGCUUGAGCUGCUUUGGUCCUCUAUGUCAGCAGAUCACACCCUCAGCACAUCUGGGGAGAGGUCGCCACCAGCUGCUCCCUCGGGCAGAAGGCACUGCCGUGGUAAGAAGUGAAUUGCCUGAGUUAGAGGCCAGCCAGGUCCUCCCAUAUCGUGAAAGGAGAUGCCAUGCUGUGCCCUGGCAUUGAGGACGUUAUCCCAGCCACUUGGUAGGCUGAGGCUACAGAGGUCAAGGACAGGCCAGGAAACUUAGGAGGGCUUAGUGGUAACAAAUACUGGCUGCUCUUAGAGGCGACCUGGGUUCAAUUCCCAGCAUCCACAUAGAGAGAGGUUCACAACUGUAACCAAACACGGCCUCAGUGGGCACAGGGCAGACUCAUGAUGUACAGACAUUCAGGCAAAACACCCAUAUACAUAAAAAUGCAGUUCUGUUUUGUUUUUUUCAUAUAUGUGUUUUUAAAAAAGCUACGGAUAUAGGUCUGUGUAGCCCCUGCCUAGAAUCCCCCAGUGAGGGGAUGAGGGUAUGGCUCAGGCUUGCUUGAGGCCCCCGGUUCGAUCCUAGUGCAGGAUGCAGGCGCUCUACCAGCUGUGUGAUGUGGUGAUGCGCACCUGCUUGGGGGAGGGCAGAAACCAGGGUUCAAAUGGCAGUUAUGGAGCAGGUGGGAUUUGUAGGCAAACUAAAUUGGGUGCACGUGAGGUACCACAACAAGUCUGAAGAGGAGCCCAAUACUGGGAUGACUUAUGGGAUGUCGGCGAGCCUAGGCAUCAGUUGUAUCGGGAGACACUAGGGAAGUCAGAUGGAUCCGGGUUAGAGGAAAUGGCUCGUGGGUAAAGGCGUUUGCCGCUAAUGCUGAGUUUGGUCCUCAGGAUGGAAGGAGAGACUCCAGAAAACUUUCCUCUGGCUUCCACACACGCACUUCAGCUAAAUAAAUGUAAUAAAAACAUCGGGAGGAAAAAAAAGACUGGAGAAGUGUUAAGUCGAUAUGUCAAGGCUGCCAUGGCAUCAGACGAAGGCAAGCUUUUCGUGGGAGGGCUAAGCUUCGAUACCAACGAGCAGGCACUGGAGCAGGUCUUCUCCAAGUACGGGCAGAUCUCUGAAGUGGUGGUGGUAAAGGACAGGGAGACCCAGCGAUCCCGAGGCUUUGGGUUUGUCACCUUUGAGAACAUUGAUGACGCUAAGGACGCCAUGAUGGCUAUGAAUGGGAAGUCUGUGGAUGGGCGGCAGAUCCGAGUUGACCAGGCUGGCAAGUCUUCUGACAACCGGUCCCGUGGAUACCGGGGUGGUUCCGCUGGAGGCCGAGGCUUCUUCCGUGGGGGACGCAGCCGGGGCCGUGGGUUCUCUAGAGGUGGGGGAGACCGAGGCUAUGGAGGUGGCCGCUUUGAUUCCCGGAGUGGAGGUUAUGGAGGCUCCAGAGACUACUAUGCCAGCCGGAGUCAGGGUGGCAGCUAUGGUUACCGGAGCUCGGGCGGGUCCUACAGAGACAGCUAUGACAGUUAUGCUACACACAACGAGUAAAAGCCCUCUGCGUCCAGAUCGUCCUUCCAUGGCUGUAAUUAAGAUGGGGGAGCUUCGCUGAACAUUGUGUAGUGAGCACCUUGUUCCCACUUUUGUAGUCCUUUCCGUUCUGACCCAUCAACAGCCUGCUUCUGACCAAGAUGGCCUUGUGACCAGACUUUUCUUUUUAAGGAAGCGCUGUCUUUUUAAGCAUUAUAGAAAACGUUUUUGAAAGUACUUCAGAUUUUAACUUUUUUACAGUGAGCCAUGGGUUUUUGUUUUUUCUAAAUUGUCGGGGUUGUGUGGGUUUUUGGUUGCUCGGUUUUUUUUUUUUUUUUUCGGGUUUUUCGGUUGUAUUGUUUUUUCUUUUUUGUGUGGUUGCCCAUGAAGUCUGGCACCCCACUCCUCCUGGGAUGAAAUGGACUCUAUUUGAGCAAGCCAUGGCUCUCCAGCUCCCCAGCUCUGUUGCGGAGCACAGCAGGUCCUGCCUAUAGGGCACAGGUCGCGGCCUGUGGGGAUGCAUAGCAGUCCAGCAGGCUGUGGAAGUGUUUAUUUAUAUUGUCCUUUUUUUUACCGAAGACAUGCAUACUCCAUCGAUGUUGUAUUCGCAGUGGCUAAGGAAUUCUUGUACGCAGUUUCUUUGGCUUCACGAAGCCGAUUAAAAGACGGUGUGAAACAAA